GUGUUUGUGUUGUGUGUUCCGCCGUCAUUUUUCUGCGCCCUUUUCGCGAAUAUUUUCGUUUCGCCUCCAGCUGGUAAAGAGAAACGCCAAACGGUGAAGGGGAACGGCCAACAAGAUGAAUUUGUGCAAUUCGAGAUUCUCCGUUACUUUCGUGCGGCAGUGCUCGACGAUUUUAACGUCUCCUUCGGCUAGCAUUCUACAAAACAGAGGCUCACUGACAACAAAGGUUCCCCAUUGGAUUUCCAGUAGUCUCGGCUGUGCCCAGCACACGUUUCAGCGAACGAUGAACUCGACGGGACAGCGAGGAUCACGCGACAGUACGGGAGCUCCCGGUGGGAGUGCUCCAGCCGGAUCCGGUGCCGGCGCACCACCACCCUUCCAGCAUCCACAUUGCGACAGGGCGGCCAUGUACGCGCAACCGGUGCGAAAGAUGAGCAACAAAGGAGGAUCCUACGACUACGACCUUAUUGUGAUUGGAGGCGGAUCAGCUGGCCUGGCCUGCGCCAAGGAGGCGGUCCUCAAUGGAGCCCGUGUGGCCUGUCUGGAUUACGUUAAGCCCACGCCCACUCUGGGCACCAAGUGGGGCGUUGGCGGCACCUGCGUGAACGUGGGCUGCAUUCCCAAGAAGCUGAUGCACCAGGCCUCGCUUCUGGGCGAGGCUGUCCAUGAGGCAGCUGCCUACGGCUGGAACGUGGACGACAAGAUCAAGCCAGACUGGCACAAGCUGGUGCAGUCGGUACAGAACCACAUCAAGUCCGUAAACUGGGUGACCCGUGUGGAUCUGCGCGACAAGAAAGUGGAGUACAUCAAUGGACUGGGCUCCUUCGUGGACUCGCACACCCUGCUGGCCAAGCUGAAGAGCGGCGAGCGCACAAUCACCGCCCAGACCUUCGUCAUUGCCGUUGGCGGCCGACCACGCUAUCCGGAUAUUCCCGGUGCUGUCGAGUAUGGCAUCACCAGCGAUGAUCUGUUCAGUUUGGACCGCGAGCCCGGCAAGACCCUGGUGGUGGGAGCUGGCUACAUUGGUUUGGAGUGCGCUGGAUUCCUGAAGGGUCUCGGCUACGAGCCAACUGUGAUGGUGCGUUCUAUUGUGCUGCGUGGCUUUGACCAGCAGAUGGCCGAGCUGGUGGCAGCCUCGAUGGAGGAGCGUGGCAUUCCCUUCCUGCGCAAGUCGGUGCCGCUGUCCGUGGAAAAGCAGGAUGAUGGCAAGCUGCUCGUGAAGUACAAGAAUGUGGAGACCGGCGAGGAGGCCGAGGAUGUCUACGACACCGUUCUGUGGGCCAUCGGCCGCAAGGGUCUGGUGGACGAUCUGAACCUGCCCAAUGCCGGCGUGACUGUGCAGAAGGACAAGAUUCCAGUGGACUCCCAGGAGGCUACCAAUGUGGCGAACAUCUACGCUGUCGGCGAUAUCAUCUACGGCAAGCCAGAGCUGACACCAGUCGCCGUUCUGGCUGGUCGUCUGCUGGCCCGCCGCCUGUACGGUGGAUCUAACCAGCGCAUGGACUACAAGGAUGUGGCCACCACUGUUUUCACGCCCCUGGAGUACGCCUGCGUCGGCCUGAGCGAGGAGGAUGCCGUCAAGCAGUUUGGAGCUGAUGAGAUCGAGGUGUUCCACGGCUACUACAAGCCCACGGAGUUCUUCAUUCCCCAGAAGAGCGUGCGCUACUGCUACUUGAAGGCUGUUGCCGAGCGCCAUGGCGACCAGCGCGUCUACGGACUGCACUACAUUGGCCCGGUGGCCGGAGAGGUUAUCCAGGGAUUCGCUGCCGCUUUGAAGUCUGGCCUGACCAUUAACACGCUGAUCAACACCGUGGGCAUCCAUCCCACGACCGCCGAAGAGUUCACCCGGCUGGCCAUCACCAAGCGCUCCGGACUGGACCCCACGCCGGCCAGCUGCUGCAGCUAAAGCGGGAACGCAGCUCAGCCGCCUGGGACGCGUCGAAGCCGCUUGCUCCACCCGAAUUCCCGUAGAUGAAUGGUUGUUGUCGCGGCCCAGCGAUCGAUGAGUUCAAUAGUUCCGUUUAGUUUCCACAAUUAACACCCACACAAUAGCUCUGCGCAAGGGAGGGGCACUGGGCAGCGAUGGCGGUGGGACGACACCAGUGGAACUCCCCGCGCGACCAGCCCAACCCACGACUGCUGCGCCGCCGACAUGCACUCAAAAUUUUGAAUUUGUUUGAACCUAUGAAAUUAACUAUGAAAAUCCCCUAAAUGUACGGUCGAAGAAUAUAAUUUUUCACCAACAAA